CAAGCAGUGCACAAAACGAACAACGGGGCAGGGUGGAAGUAAAUAACGCAAUCUGUUGCUUAAUGCAGCAGUGACAUCAAAAAAUUGAUUUAAAAUAAACAAAAAAAAUGCAUGAGGGGAAAAAAAAUAUUAAAUGCAAAUUAAUUUAAAAUGUUAAAAAAUUUAAUAUUUACAUUGUGGCGUGCAUCACUCUGCCUGCACAUUAAAUGCACAGCUAAAUGCAAAUAAAAUUGGCAAUUUAGUAUUGCAUGCAUUAAAUUAAGACGUGCUGAACUCUGGCAUGCACGCGUAGACAGCUCUCAUUUGCAUUUGGCUUUGCAUGUCUUAGCGGUCUCUAGGUAACAGUUAAAAUCUCUCACCCCUGACAACUUCCAUGUUCUGCACUUUUAUCGUGUCCUCGUUGUUUGACCUCUCCCGUAUCAGAUUACCGCCAAACAAUGGCUCGCGCUUUCCAGAAGUAGCUUUAAAACCCACCUGACCCGUGACUGAAUUUCCUCCCGAAUGUCUCCGUGUUGUUUAGCCUCGUUUCGACGCCGUUAAAAUAUUUGUCCUAUUUAAUAUUCAUGAGCCGCCCGCCGCGUGGGCUAUUAAUAUUCAUGAGUCGCCGCUCGCCAUUGGCCGGCCGCUUGGCGUGACGUACGCGCGGCGUAAUUAAUAUUCAACAGUUGCGCUUUCGCCGAAGUGGUUUGUGUUUGAUCUGGAGUGAGACGCGCGCCGCCUCCGCCGCGGGAAGAUGUUUUAUCCAUUUAUUGACGAACGGUUGAUAAGUUAGGUGUUCGAUACAUGCCGGCGUUAAAAUAGGAUAAUAAGCGCCUUCAGACUGGAUUUGAAAGUGGACUGAAGAAGAUGAAGAAAUCAAUGGAUCGGCAAACCGUAUCCAUGUGAUCAACAGCAGAUGUUUUUCCAGAGAAAACAGCUGGAAGCCGUUCAAUGACGAACUCCUGUCUGUGUCCUCAGCUGAGCUGCUUGUCCGGUGACCGGAGGACGGCGCCGCAGAGCUCCGGCAGCAGGACCGAGCUGUUCUCUCCGCCGCUCCGCUCCAGGAUCAACGGCUGGUCCCCGCCGCUGCACGGCUUCCAGCUCCUCGCCUGGCUCCUCUACGGCUUCAUGGCCGUCGUGGGCUUCGGCGUUUACGUGCCUCUCCUGCCGGCGCCGUGGAGCUCGGCCGCGUACGGCACGAUCGGCGCCGUGUUUCUUCUUCAUCUGCUGAGUCACGUGGCAGCGGUGACGGUGGACCCCGCGGACCUGAGCGUCCGGAGCAGGAAGGAGUACUCCAGCCCCGUGCCCGUGUUUGAUAACACCAAACAUCAGCACGUCAUCCACAACCUGCACUGCUCGCUCUGUGAGGUCGACGUAGGACCCAAAGCCAAACACUGCAGCAGCUGUAACAAAUGCAUCGCAGACUUCGACCAUCACUGCAAAUGGCUGAACAACUGCGUGGGAGGAAGGAACUACUGGUUCUUUUUCGUAACCAUUUCCUCUGCUGUCGCUGGGAUGGUCCUCCUCAUUCCCGUGGUGCUGUUUGUCUUCGUCGAGCACUACGUGAAUCCCUCCGUCCUGCGCACCGCCCCGCAGUUUCAGACUGUGAAAGGAAACGGCACGUGGCUGGUUUUUCUGCCGGCGGCUCCGUUAGAGACGAGCUCCCUCAGCCUGCUGGUCCUGGCCUUCAUCACCGUUCUUCUUGGUCUGGCUGCUCUCUUGCUGCUCUGUCACUUGCUGUGCUUCCACGUCUACUUACUGUCUCAGGGCAUCAGCACGUACGAGUACAUCGUCAGAAAGCGCCAGUCUCCGAACCCCAAAGAGAAGGAAAAGCUUCCUGCGCCGCUGCCGUCUAACGGAGCCACCGCGCAGAGUCUCGGGCCGCUGGAGUCGCCGGUGGACUGUGACGCUCCGCUCUCCAGCAGGUCCUGCGCUUUUAAACUGGAAGACAAAGGACAAACACCCGGCCGACUGCCAGAACCCAUCUGUGCCGAGCUGGAGGAAGUGAAUGGAGAGAGACGUGAGGAGUCACCAGCUCAGAUGAUCCCAGGUAAAGCUGCGGCUCUUUCUGACGCUGUGUUCAGCCGCGGCCGCUCCUCACCGCCUCUCUGCUUCCUGCUGGUAGGCGAGCCGCUGAUGUCACUUCCUGUGGGCCGGACCCUCGGCGGGACGAGCGCAGAGAAGCCGAUCGUCCAGGACCCGCUGGGGAGCUCCAUCAUGGACCGUCAGCAGGGGGUCAAAGGGCACACGCCGUGAGGCAAAGCGUGAAGAAGGAUACGGCAAGAGUUCGUUCGCAAGAAAAAAAAAAAAAAAAAAAAACAGUUAAAAAUCAUGUGCAAUAAAACUGCAGCUUGCAAGAAAAUAACCCCAAAAAUACAGCUGACGCCAUAAAAACAUUAUUUUUGAAAAUAAUAAACCAAAUAAACAUUGAGAAAGAAAGAACGUAUUUCUGGAUUCACCGAUGGUGUGUAUGAUGUAUCGAGUCCUUAGCGGCGUGCAAGUUGAGAAGCACAAUUUUUUUUUUUAUAGAAUGAACAUUUUUACUCGUUCGGUAGACAGAAAAAUGGUACGGAAGCUGUUUCUUCUGCAGAAUGAAAAUAAAAUAAAAAUGACUUUUUAUCCUACA